AUGGCGAAUGCCAUCCGGGCCGAUUUCUCAGCGCUCGCUGAGACGGACAAGUUUGAGGAGACCCGGAUGCCCAAAUCCUUUUUGGCAUCUACCUUCAUGAUGUUUUCUGGUCCGUACCAUGCACAUAAAAUGGCGAAUGCCAUCCGGGCCGAUUUCUCAUGGCUGGCCGAGGAAACAAGGUGGAACGAAGCCGAUAUGGGAUCGCAGUUUUCUGGUUCGUUUGGGGAUCCUGUGGUUGUAGAUCAUAAGUCAGGUGGAUUGGAUAACGGCCAAUCAAGUCGUCCUAACCUGGCAUUACCGAAGUUCAAGGCUUGGAAAGAUGAGGGGGUGCGAUGA